CUUCCCAGCCAGCUGUUGAGCCCCAGCACCCUACCUCACCCCACCACUCCCGCCCUCAAUUUCACCCCAAAUGACUCCCGAAGACACUCGUGCUGCAUCACUAGCCACAACAUCACUCGAGCAUUUCCAGGCCAACCGACGAGAGGAUGCGGUCCGCCUCCUGCGCGAAGCUCUGAGCCUAUCCCCCCAGAACCCAAUCGUCCUCUCGACCUUCGCCGUCCUCCAAGAAGAUGCCAACACUCCACCGACAUCAAAGCUUAUCCACAAAUGCGUGAUCAACUCUGAUGAACCGGCGGGCCACGAGGCGCUCCGAUUACUCCGCGAUCCGAACGCUGCCUCGCUACGUAACGACACAACGGUAGAAUGUCUAGAGCUGCUUAUGUCCACCCCCACCGCGCCGCUAGCCGGAAAGCUACUGGGGGAACUUCUACGAGUCUCACGAGGUGCACGGGAGCACGUUGCGUUGAAACUGUGUGGUGGGAUUGAGGAUGUGAUGAAGGUGUUUGAUACCCUGGGGGAAGAGGCGAUUGACGGUGUGGUUGCGGUUCUGCUGGAUGGUAGUGCGUGGGAGAAAGACAGCAGUACCCACUCGAACUGCCUCCGCGAAUGCUUCAAAUGGCUCCUAUCACGACUUGCCGGAACGACGUCGGACCGUCGACUAUGUGUUGCGCGCUCCGUUGCACGGCUACUGGCGAGUAAAGCGGAGGAGCUACACCCCUUUGUUUCACAAUCCGGACUCGAGCAGUUACUAAACCUCCUCGAUGCCACUUCACCACCUGAACUACGAUCUCACGCCACUCUUGGGGUCGCCAAAUUCGCGGACGCCGCCGGUGAUGUCGGACAGAGUAUGAUCGGCAAGUUUGUUGCGUUUCGUCUAGCGGCGGAUGAGGAUGAGGACCUGAGACUGGCGUAUUCGGUCGCCGCCGCGAUAUUUCCGCUUGUGCCACAGUUUGCAGCGACGUUGUUUUUGACUGAGGGGUUUGUCGAGGGGAUUGUACCAAGUUUGCAGGCGCGGCCGGAAGAUGUUGAGGCUGCAGCACUGGAUAUGCUUAGUGCUGCAUGCGUGGAUAAGACUUGUCGGACUUAUAUCGCCACGCAUUGUACUGAGUACCUGGAGGCCCUGGUGAAGAGUGGUGAUCAGGGGAAGUCCACAGCUGCCGUGGUCCUGGCGAAAGUCAAAUACACUCCCGGAGAAGGGAAAGAUGUCAAGCAGAAGGAUAUGGACAAGCUUGCGAGUGUGUUUAAGGGGAUGAUGUUGACAUCCGACGCGGAGGUGCGAGAUUCGUCGGUGGAGGGACUGGCGUAUACUUCGUUGAAGGGUUCGGUGAAGGAGAUGUUGAUCCGCGACAAGAAGUUCGUCACCAGCUUGGUCGAAACCCUCCAGUCCUCGUCCGGAAAACCAACGGUGAUGUUUGGCGCCCUGACGGUGGUCAACAACCUCACGGCAUACGCACCUACCCUCUCCGAAGAGCAGCAAAAAGUAGCUCAACUCAAGAAUUACGCCGAGACCAAACCGCACGCCAAAGUCGGCCUGGAUCCCGAAGACAAAGACGAGCGAGUAACCCCGCGCUGUAAAACCCUCCUCGACGCCGACAUCAUCCCCGCCCUCGUAGCUUGUAGCAAAAAGCUUACGCCCAAUGCCAUCGGCAUAAUCUCGCACAUCCUCCUCUCGCUAUCCAAGCACCAAAAGCACCGCGGCCUCAUCGCAUCCCAAGGCGGCGUCAAGCUCUCCCUCAAAUUCUACUCCUCCACCACCUCCAACGGCAGCGACGCCGCGCAGCAAUCCGCAAUCCGCCGCACCUCGGCGCACGCCCUCGCACGAAUCCUCGUCUCCGUCAACCCCUCGCACGUCUUCUCCUCGCAGCUCGCCAUCUCCUCCGCCAUCCGCCCACUGUACCAUCUCCUCGAGGACAGCGAGGAGCACAAGGACCUAAUGCCUUUGUUCGAGGCGCUCCUGGCACUCACCAACCUAGCGUCAACCGAGGACACCACACGAGACCAUAUCAUCCGCCUGGCAUGGACCAAGAUCGAGGAGCUGCUGCUGAACGAUAACGUCAUGAUCCAGCGCGCCACGGUCGAGCUGAUCUGCAACCUCAUGGCGUCGCCCACGGCGGUGGCGAAGUUUGCCGAUGGCUCGGCCGCCGCUAGUAAUAGACUGCAUAUCCUCCUUGCGCUCGCGGAUGCGCAGGAUCUGGCGACGAGGAGAGCCGCCGGCGGUGCGCUGGCUAUGCUGACGGAGUGGGACAAGGCCUGUGAAGCGGUGGUGAAGAGGGAGAGGGGUGUGAAGAUCGUGCUGGGGAUGGUGAGUGAGGAGGGCGAGGAGAUGAGGCAUCGGGGGGUUGUGGUGCUGAAAAAUCUGGUCUGUGGACCUGGGGCGUAUGUAGAUGAGGUGAAGAAGGAGGGCGGCGUGGAGGUGCUGAGGGAGGCGCUCAAGAGUACUAGACAGCCGGAAGUGCUUGGAUUGGGCGUCGAGACGUUGAAGGCUUUGAUGGGGGUCAAUUGAUAUCUAUGCACUUUUUAUAUAUUGGACAAGCUGGGAA